AAUCAUAUCCUGCCUUAUCUAAUGUCAGAUAAGGCAAGUUUUAGCCAACAAUCAAUCUACAUCACACACACAAUUGAACAAAUAACCAGUGCCAGAUAUACAGAGCUCCAGAAAACAAACCAUAAUCAGAAAACUGAACAACAAUGGCUCAGGCGAUGGCUUCGAUGGGUGGCUCGACCCGAUUGAACGUGGCUAGCGCCACCGGCCGCGUGGCGGCUGCAGCUCGUCCGGGCGGCUUCCUAACGAUUCGAGCACAGCAGCAGGCUGCUGAGCCGGAAACCAGCCGCCGGUCAAUGAUGGGUCUUGUCGCCGUCGGUUUGGCUUCUGGGUCUUUCGUCCAGGCGGUGCUCGCCGAGGCCAAUUCGAUCAAGAUUGGCCCGCCUCCGGCUCCCUCCGGUGGACUGCCAGCUGGGACGCUGAACGCCGACGAGGCGAGGGACGUGGACCUGCCGCUGAAGGAGAGGUUCUAUCUGCAGCCGCAGACGCCGGCGGAGGCGGCGGCGAGGGUCAAAGUGUCGGCCAAUGAGAUAGUGAACGUGAAGUCGUUCAUUGACAAGAAGGCUUGGCCGUAUGUGAUGAACGACCUUCGGCUCAGGGCGUCGUACCUUCGCUACGACCUCAAAACCGUGAUCGCUUCCAAGCCUAAGCCGGAGAAGCAAGCCCUCACCGAUCUCACCGGAAAGCUCUUCCAGAGCAUCAACAAUCUGGAUUAUGCAGCAAAGAUCAAGAGCUCUCCUCAGGCAGAGAAGUACUAUGCUGAGACCGUAUCUAACUUGAAUGAUGUUCUGGCUAAGCUGGGUUAAGAGCUAGGGCUAAGAAUUGCUGUAUUUUCCAUGUUGUGGAAAACUUUUUUCUGUUAGUUGGUUUGGGACUAUGAUGAGAUCAUUGCUUGCUCCCAUCGUAAAUUCGUAAUGUUAUUUUGCAGGGGGGGAGACAACUGUGUAAUUACAACUUUAAUUUUCCAGCCUUAUAUGAAGAAGCUCUUUGAAUCUGCGAUCAAAGUGAUUAGUUCCAAGGAACAAAUCUCGAAUGCCUAAGUCCCUAACCUUAGCAUGUAGGCAUUAGAACCUUUUAACUCUACUGGUUUUGUAUUUGGUUUAUCAUUGUCUCCCUCCGCCUUUAAUGGAAAGAU